AUGGACGUCAAGACUGUUGAGUUUAAGCCCUUCCAGGACCAGAAGCCUGGCACCUCUGGUCUUCGUAAAAAGGUCACCACCUUCCAGCAGGCCCACUACAGCGAAUCUUUCAUUACCAGCAUCCUCCUCUCCAUUCCCGAAGGUGUCGAGGGAUCCUUCCUCGUCAUCGGUGGCGAUGGUCGCUACUGGAACCCUGAGGUCAUUCAGCUGAUUGCCAAAAUUGGUGCCGCGUAUGGUGUUAAGAAGCUCCUCAUCGGCCAGAACGGUAUCCUGUCGACCCCUGCUGCGAGCCAUGUCAUCCGUCUUCGCAAGGCUACCGGCGGUAUUCUGCUGACUGCUAGCCAUAAUCCCGGCGGUCCCAAGGAAGACUUUGGCAUCAAGUACAACCUAGCCAACGGUGGCCCCGCCCCCGAGUCCAUGACAAACAAGGUCUUUGAGACCUCCAAGACUCUGACCUCGUACAAAAUUGCCUCGAUCCCCGAUGUUGACAUUACCACCAUGGGUACCAAGACUUAUGGUGCUCUCGAGGUUGAGAUCAUUGAUAGUACUGCCGAUUACGUCACAAUGCUCAAAGACAUCUUUGACUUUGACACCAUCAAGAAGUUCUUUGCUUCGCAUCCCGACUUCAAGGUUCUUUUUGACGGUCUCCACGGCGUGACUGGCCCCUACGGAACUGCUAUCUUCGAGAAGGAGCUUGGCCUUACUGGCGCAACCCAAAACUGCGUGCCCAGCCCCGACUUCAACGGCGGCCACCCAGACCCCAACCUGGUAUACGCCCACUCCCUCGUCGAAGUGGUCGACAAGCACAACAUUCCCUUCGGCGCGGCUUCGGACGGUGACGGUGACCGCAACAUGAUUUACGGCGCCAACGCCUUUGUCUCUCCCGGCGACUCUCUCGCUAUCAUCGCCCACCAUGCCAAGCUCAUCCCCUACUUCCAGAAGAAUGGUGUCAACGGCCUUGCCCGCUCCAUGCCCACCUCUGGUGCCGUUGACCUCGUCGCCAAGGCGCAGGGCCUCGACUGCUACGAGGUGCCCACUGGUUGGAAGUUCUUUUGCGCCCUCUUCGACGCCAAGAAGCUGUCCAUCUGCGGCGAGGAGAGUUUCGGUACGGGCAGUGAUCACAUUCGCGAAAAGGAUGGCCUCUGGGCUGUCGUCGCCUGGCUCAACAUCAUUGCCGCCCUCGGUGUCAAGAAUCCCGAGACCACCCCUUCCAUCAAGCAGAUUCAGAAGGAUUUUUGGACACAAUAUGGCCGUACCUUCUUUACUCGCUACGACUACGAAAAUGUCGACUCUGACGGUGCCGACAAGGUUGUUGGUGAGCUGAAGGCUCUGGUAGCCGACCCCAAUAUCGUCGGCAGCAAGAUUGGAGACCGCACCGUGACUGCUGCUGGCAACUUUUCCUACACCGACCUCGACGGCUCUGUCUCGUCCAACCAGGGUCUCUACGCCACCUUCUCCUCUGGCAGCCGCAUCGUGGUUCGUCUCUCCGGUACAGGCUCCUCUGGCGCCACCAUCCGUCUCUACCUAGAGCAGUACAGCAGCGACCCCACCACCUAUGACCUGGACGCCCAAGACUUCCUGAAGUCCGAGGUCGAGUUUGCCACCGAGCUCCUCAAGUUCAAGCAGCACGUCGGCCGCGACCAGCCCGAUGUUCGCACCUAA